AUGGGUGGUGUCUUUUCCAACCCAAGAAAUCCUCAGGCUUCUCCUUCAAAGCAAGGAGUCAAACCUGAGGAGAUCAUUAUCUCUGGCCUCGGUACACAAUGGCCUUCAACAGUUAUUACAGCGGAUGAGCUAAGUAAAUUUGCUCACGGGUUAUACCCCGCAGAUGCCCCAUGGCUUCAAGGUUUACUCAAGAUCAACUCUCAAACCGGCAUUGAGACUCGCGCCGUGAUAGAUACAUGGGCUGAUCCCCGUUGGUGCCAAAAAGAGCCACCAAAAGCCGAAGAGAUUGAUGUCGUCUGGCGUAAACAUGGUGUCGAAUUAUCCAAGCAAGCCGCCGAGAAAGCUUUACGGGAUAGCAAUAUCUCAUCAAAGGACAUCACACAUGUUGUUGCAGUUACUGCUACGAAUACCGGAAGCCCUGGCUAUGAUCAAAUCGUCGCACGCGAAUUAGGCAUAUCAGCUGACGCUGAAAGAUUACUGAUAAGCGGUGUCGGUUGUGCAGGAGGUUUAGCCGCUCUCAGAAUGGCUACAAAUAUUGCUCAAGCAGCCUCGUACAAGGGAAACCAAGCCCGAGUAUUAGUUAUCGCUUGUGAGAUUUGCAGCAUUUAUAUAAGUUCCGAGUUACGCGAAGCGGAAAGCAUGCAAUGUGUAGGAAUAGGACCUGCGCUAUUUGCUGAUGGUGCUUCGGCAUUGGUCGUCUGCAAUGCUCGAGGAAUGUUACAAGGUGAUGGUGAGAAAGAACUUCCUAAGCGAUUUUCCGUUAUUGAUUAUCGAUCAUUCAUCACACCUGAUACACAUAACGAAAUGGAAUAUAAAGUCAACAGCACGGGGUUUCAACUUCUGCUAUCGAAGAAUGUCCCCAAGCUGGCUGCAUUGUCUCUUGCCAAACCAUUCCAGAGUUUGAUAAGGUCAAAUGGCAUGUCGGCUGAGGCUAGUGACUUUGAUUGGGCUCUUCAUCCAGGAGGUAUAUCUAUUAUCAAGGGAGUUGAGAACUCCAUGAAUCUUCCAAGUGAUUUAUUAGCUGCCAGUUAUGAGAUUUACCGGACCCGAGGCAAUACGUCUAGUGUCGCGGUGCUAGCGGUGUUGGAUCGGUUACGAACUAUGGAGAUGAAGAAGAGUGAUGUGAUUGCAGCAAGUUUUGGACCGGGUCUCGCUACCGAAAUGGCUUUAUUGAAACGCUUUGAAUGA